AUGUCUAGCGAUCCUAGGUCCAUUGUAAUGAUUAUAGAUAACUCUAGUACUUCGAUAAACGGAGAUUUUUUUCCAACUAGAAUAGAAGCUCAAAGGAAAGCUGUGAAUCAACUUGCAACAUAUAUUUUUUCCUUAAAUUCUAAUUCUCAAGUGGCUGUUUAUACGGCAGGAUCAAAGGAAUUCGGAAUAAGAGUUUCCCUUGUUUCUUCAUCAUCGAAAAUUUUACCAGUUAUUUCUCAAAUUUCAUGCGGCGGCAAUCUCAGAUUAGAAACAUCCAUUAAACAAGCGCUUAUAGCAUUUCAUUUCAUUGAGCAUAAAUGUUCCAAAAGUAUUUUAUGCUUUGUCGGAGGUCCUAAUGAUAUUAACGAAAAUAAUUCACAAAUCAUCGCUCAAAAGUGUAAAAAAGAAUCAGCAGAUUUACAUAUUCUUACAUUCGGAAAUAAUGUUCCGAACGUCCCGCUUUUAGAAAAAUUAGCUAAAUCAGUUUCUCCAAAAUCAAUAUUUAUUAAUUUGCCAAUCGAUUCUGGCGAUCCAUUAGUUAUUAGCGACGCAAUACUUAAAUCGGACCUCGGUCCCGGUGAAAAAAAUGCACGAUUAGAACUAAAGGCCAUUUCCAAUGUAGAUCCUGCUUUAACUCAAGAACUAAUGCUAGCUUUGCAAUCUCAUCAGGCUGGAAAGGAAAUGGAAGAAAUGAACUUGAAAAAGAGAAGAAAGGCAAAGAAAAAAUGA